AUGACGGAAGAUGGCCAGAGAGGGCGUCCGUUUGCCGAUGCGUCCGUAGCAUUCGCAGUCGAUGUCUCCGGCAGUACCUACGGACGGACCAUUUUGUGCGAAAAGACGUUUGUCAGGAGAGUAUCCAGCCUCCUAUCAGGACCUUCCCAGGCAGCGGCCACAGUCCUCCCAUGGCACGGCUGGCUCGAGCCGGUUGGGUCUCUAUUCACCCUGGACAAACUGGCCUCACUGUACGGGACAAAACCAAGGGUGAUGCUGCAGGACAGUGGAGGCCAGGAAGCCUUGAAGGGCUCGGACUUGUGGUUCUUGAUGACCGAUGGUCUUGUUCGCGGCCCAGAAAGGGUUGCCUUCGCGGACUGCAUCGCCAACGCCGGCUUGCAUGGGACGAGCUGUAUCACUGUUAUCUUCGGCAACCUCGCCAUUGGUCCUGGUUCCUGCAACAUCUCGGUUGGUGUUUCGGUCUUUGCCAUGUGUCCUAACUGCCUAUUCCUCUUCUACGACACUGGGACCGAAGAGAUAAUCGUUAUGCAGACCAAGGGCAUAUUCAACACUCUCCUGAAAGGAUCCGAGAAUCCCGUCUUUGACGAAGCCUCCAAAUGGGACUCCUUUCCAAGAUUGUGCCUCGAUGACUUCUCCAACAUCAUAAUCCCUCCACCCACGAGACUUGGGAAAGACGAAGUCCAGCUCCUGGACUCGCUCGUCAUCAAUUUUGAGGAUCUCUGGGCAAACAAACUCAGCAAAGACGAAGUGGAGUCGGUCCUCGCCAACGAAGACAGCCUCAGAACAGUCAUCAUGAGCGCCCAAUCUAGCGGCAACGCCGCCAAGUUUCAGAAAUGGGUGCGGCAGCAGCAAGCCCCAAUCGAUGACUCUCUCGAAAUGACCCGGAUUGAUACUGGCGGCCAAGCUCAAUCGGCAUUUCUGGCGGUCCUUGAAGCCCGGAAAGAGGGAAGACAAGACGGCAUGGCCGAGUUACAGAGGAAUCUCCGAGCGGCCCACGAAAGCAAUAUGCAAAACUUCCUCAAGACUUGCCAAACGAAUCAUGAACUUUCUCUCCAGCGGCAAGACAUCAUAGACUCGGCUUGCCGGCAGAGCCGCCAAGAAAUCACCAGCGCUGUCUCUCUCAACAGGACGUCCCAUUACUCAAUGGAUUGCCUAACCAGUGCCAAACGGGUCAGUCCACCGGGCCCAUUAGGCGGCCUAGAGCCGAAAAAAGCCAGGCAAGACCCUGGCCCUUGGUCUUCAUCAGGUACCUCGCCCUCCUGGGACCAGGUCUCACAGACGUCCGGCUCUCAAAGCUGGGUUGACCUGGAGGACAACGGCUCGCAGUCCUCCACACAGCCUCAACAACUGGAUAACCCAGCCAUACCGGCGGGGGCACCGCAAACCACCCCGCAGGAUCCUAAUACCGUCCACAGGAAUGUGGGGUAUGCAGAUGAAGAUGAAAUCACCUUCCAGUGGGUGGAGAUCCAGGCAAAGCAACCGGGGCUGCAGCUGGCACAACUGGCACCUUGGCAAACCGCUCCAUUUUCUUGGAAGAAUCCGACCCCAAAUCCGUCGCUUCGCACUCUGUUAUGGACACCCGGAUUCCGCCGCGGCGAGAAUGAUAUUGGGGGGACUUGCUCUUUCUGCGGAGCGUCUGAUAUGCCCCUGGCGUUGCUAUUCCGUCAUCCCAGCGCAGAACAACUUCCAAGAACUGGGAUUAUCGGCCCAGGAGAAAAAGAGACGGUAGAACGGCCGUCCCAUCCCAGCCAUCUCGCCGAGCACUCCUUGGAGGUCGGAAACACUCGCUGUUGCGAGGCCUGUUCGACCUACUGGGUCACAAGCCAGCCACCACAGAAUGGCAAGAUUGCUUCCAGCUUUCCAGUGGUCAAAUGUCGCGACAACUUGACUGUGUAUCCGAACCGCACUACAUAUCUGAACCGUUGUCGCGAACUCUUCGACGGACGUCUCGUUAGCAAGGCGGCCAUCGGAGUCCUCCUCAAUGCCCUUCUUACGGCCUACGGGAAGCCAGAGACCGAGGUGUCGAACAUCAAGGACGUCUUGCGGUGGAUGUGUGCCGAUCUCUGCAACUGGGUUGCUCUCGAGACGCUGGCCGUCACGAAAGGUUUCGCCAAUGCCAACAGCUCCGCUUCCAGUCUCGUCCAGUAUCCCCUGUCGCAGUUCACCACCGCACUCCAGGUCGCGUCUGUGCUCAAUAUUCCCCACGAGGUGCGCUGCACGGUGGCCUUCCGGCGAUACCUCCUCCACCUGACCGAGAGGUUCGACGCCAUGGCAAAGGAGAACCCGAGACCCAAGGCAUGGUGGGCUGGCCUCCUAUGGCAACAGACGUACGACGACCCCGAUCUCAUCAUCGUCGACUCCGCUGGCAAGGGCGAGAAUGGGGAUGGCGGAGAAGGCUCUCGUCGGACUCCUGUGCUGGCGCUUCCCGUCUCGAAGCUCAAGGGCAGCGAUCUGCUGAGCGACGAUGACUACGCGUUCAUGCAGAUGGCCGAGGAGUUCCGCCUGCUCGACGAACCUAGCAACCCGUGGGUGGGCUGCGUCACCGUCCUCUUCCUCCACGCCCUGGUCGACGUGUUCGAGAAGCAUGUAUACGAAUCAGCGGUGGAGCUGUUCAACCUUGUUAUGACGCGCAAGCAACUAGCGUCGGUUUUUACGAAGCCGAGCGCUGUUGAUGUGAACGAAGUCGCUUCCAUGCUGAAGUCGCUUCAGAUUUGAGGAAGUUUUCUUUUUGAUUUUACCUUUCCCCCUUGAGGAUAUCGGCAGAAAAGGGGCGGGUCAAAUCGGCACUCAAUGCUUUUUUGUUUUCUUUUCCUAAGGUCGUCAACAGGGAGAACGGGUCGGAAAACAUACAGAGAACACGGGGAACGGAAAACAGCAUUGGAAGGAACAUUCAGGAAGGAAGGAUUCAUGAUAGCGGUACCAGCGAUUGUAAUAGGAGAAGGUUCGCUGGAAAAGAGUAGGAUUUAAUAAUGUAGUAAUGUAGUUAGUAAUGUAGUAAUGUAGUUAGUAAUGUAGUAAUGUAGUGAGUUG